CGCUCCGACUGUGCGGGGCUACGAUUGGCGUUUGGACUUCCGCAAGCCGCGCCUCCUUCCUUUCCAUUCGUUAGGUGAUUAGUGGAGGUGGCCGUCAAUGUCUCUACUGUUCCCGCCUUCUGCCAUUCCGAAUCAGGAAGUGUGGUCGCAGAGUGCUUUGGGGAUCGGUUCCUGCGAUGGGCAGGCGAGCAGAUCCCGGGUCUAUGUUGUUGUUUGAGACGUAGAGAUGGAGAACGAAGACCCUGGCUUACCUUGUAAAGGGGAGAUGGAGCUCCCUGACCAGAAAUGUGGGCUGGAUCCUACAGACAGAAAUGGGGAUGAAUCCUGUUCCGUCUCAGAGAAGCAGGAGGAGGUAUCUGCUGCCCCAAAUAAUGGACCCAUGAGUGUGGUAACUGACAAAGUGAACGGGCAGGAGGAGCUGAGAGAGGCUCCAGAAGAACUGAGUGACAAAGAUGUGUCUGAUUCAACCUCAACCGACAACACUUGGGAAGAUUCGAGUGAGUUUCACCGACAAAUGGUGAUAGGAGAUGGACCGUCAGGAGAAGAGGAGGCAGUGAUACAGUCACGCCUGGCUACAUACCGAGAUGAAGAUGUGACUGCAGAGAGUUGGCGGGCACACAGGAAACAUGUCUUCAUUUUAAGUGAGGCUGGGAAACCCAUUUAUUCACGUUACGGCAAUGAAGAAGCCCUUAGUUCCACCAUGGGUGUCAUGAUGGCAUUGGUAUCAUUCAUCCAAAGUGGGGAUAACUCUAUUCGCUCCAUUUAUUCUGAUGAUCACAAACUGGUUUUUGUGCAGCAGGGUCCCUUGGUACUGGUUUCAGUUUCGCAUACCCUACAAUCAGAGCAGCAACUACGCCAGGAGCUUUUGUAUGUCUACGAUCAGAUCAUCAGCAUGCUUACUCAGGCCAGCAUCACUCGCAUCUUUGAACGGAAAAAGAACUAUGACCUCCGGCGUUUGUUGACGGGGUCGGAGAAGAUCCUUGACCGUUUGCUGAACCUGGUAGAAUCAGAUCCUUGUUUCCUCCUUGGAGCUGUACGCUGUUUACCCCUUGCUGCCUCCCUCCGGGAUUCCCUGGGCACUUUGCUCCAAAAAGCCAUCACCCCUAACCUAGUCUUCUCUAUUUUGGUGGCUGGUAGUCAGUUGGUCACCACGGUGCAGGAGAAAACAGUCAUUGAAGAUUGCCGAUUAGAACCUACUGACCUGCAUCUAUUACUCAAUCUCAUUGGGGCAACUUCUGCCUUUCAAACUGGGGAAAUUUGGACACCUAUAUGUUUGCCACGUUUCAACCCUGAUUGUUACUUUUAUGCUUAUAUUUCUUAUUUGGAUUCAGAAUGUACUAUCUGCCUCAUCCUUCUCUCUACGGACAAGGACUCUUUCUAUUCUGUCUCAGACUGCAAGAAACGCAUUGAGGAAGGCAUGAGGACUCAAAACUAUCUGCAGGCACUCUCAAGUGGCUUAAAGAGCCCAUCCUACAGUGUAGGACUGGUGGGAGUGCCAGAUCUUCGGCACUUUAUGUAUAAACCUCUGGAUAUACCAGAUAAUUACCGACAGCUUCCCCAGUUCACCAGUCCAGAACUGGAGGGGCCAUAUUGCAGUGAGAAUGAACGGCACCGACUCUUUGACCUCUACCACUACCUUCACGAUCGCAUCCACAGUACCUCACGUCCUUUACGUCUCAUCUACCAUGUAGCUGAAAAGGAGACUUUAUUGGCUUGGGUUACAAGUAAAUUUGAAUUAUAUACAUGUUUCAAUCCUUUGGUGACGAAAGCUGGUGCCAUCAAUGUCUUGACCAAACUGUUACGUUGGAUAAAGAAGGAAGAAGACCGGCUCUUCAUCCGUUAUCCACCCAAGUAUUCCACUACACCUAAUCCUGGGAAAGGAAGCAGGGGUCCCCGAACAGAUGGUACCGAGAACGGCUUCUUUGGAGGAGGUCACUAGACCAAGGACUUCCAGUUGCUCUCAAAUGCAUUCUGAAUGCGUGCCACCUUACAGAUAGCCCUGGAUGAUGGAACCGUUCUGUGAUCUUGGGGAGCUCUUAGUCUUGUUUUCUAAACCAGGACGGGAUGGUGCAUAUGAGAAGGAUUGGAGUUUACCAGGCUGAGCUGGGUCACUUUGUUGGAGAUAAAUCCAGAAAGCUUUAGCCUGAUGUUUUUAAAUAUUUUUUCCACUUGUGGUCUUUAUUUCUAGGGAGAUACUGAGUCAGAUGGAGAUCCUGAAAUUGACUGGAAAUAGAUAAGGAGGCUUUGGCUGAUAUAUCUUUGGAAAUGACAUAACUGGAAGUUACAGAAAUUCACAAGGAUUGUGCUUAAAUUACAUUGAUGCUUCUGCAGCGUAGUGGGUUUACAUUUCUUACCAGUCCUGUUAUCACUGGGUAAUUGCUUUGUUUUCUCCAUUCAGUUUCUCUUCUUAGCAAUUUACUUGGGUGUUUUGCUUGUCUCAAAAAAUAGUACAAAUGGGGUAAUAAUGGAAAGAGAGCCACAGUGGGAGACAAAAAGUUAAUCUUAGAAAAGUUUGAAAAUACUUGCUGCUUUCUGAUAUAACUGCUUGAUUGCCCACAGUUCUGGAAUGGGUGUGCAAGGCCCAUCACAGUGGUGGUGAAUUAUUGGAAGGCUGGCACUUUCAGACAGUGUGUAAUUUAGUAAGAUGAUUUUCUAUAAAGAUACCUGAUUUGAAUCAUUUUAACGCAACUUUGGGAGUAGGUCAAAAUGCCCAGUUCCAAAGAGUCUUUUAUCCUGGGACUAUCUAGCAGUAUUUUUGAUGAACAUACACAGUGCAUCUUCAUGUUGUACUAUAAUUACCCUGUGAAUGAGAGAGGCUGCUUUAGCCCUUUGUUCUGAUACCAUGAGAAGGUAUAUAAUGGGUGAUAUAAUGUGGUAUAUAAUAUGUGAAGGGUAUUUUGUAGCCCUUUGAGAAAUUUGAUGUCUGUAUGUAAUGGCUCAGUUUGGACAAUGUAAUUGAUUAUGAUGGCAUUUUGAUUUACUUUUUAAUGUCUUCAGUUUGAACCUAACUGGAUUUAACUGAUCCUUUGCCUUUCAUAACUUUCUUCCUGUCUUAACUCUUCCUCUUGCUCUGUUUCUUCAUGUUUUAAAAUUCCUAUGUGUAAUUUGAAUACACUGCUUCUUAAAAGGAUUCUUGUAUUUCUUUUCCCUAUGUUGAGAUGCCACUGUUCUCUUUCCCACCUCAUAAUUAGGAAGACACAUAACUCCAUCAUAAAUUUACUUUUAGAUUCAGUACUGACAAAUAUUGCUCU